AUCAACUUCUACUAUGUUCCACCCAAAUUCCGUGUGCUGUACGUCUACUCUGUGGGCUUGGGGUGGGACAUCUACCUCUCCUAUGUCAAACACGCAGAACGAUGAAGCUGCUUACUGAAACACACGAAAAACGGCCUAGAUCUACAAAACCUCGCUUGGACUCAGAUUUAUCAGCAGCAUCACAGCCGGAGUGCUGAUUCAGCAUCAGUGCUUCCAGCAUGCAGUCCUCUGAAGGAGAACACCCAGAGAUGAAGUUCACGCUGAGUUGGGAAGCUGGCAAAAGAUCAUUUUACAAUGUUUUUAAUCCAGUUUUUAAAUACUUCCCAAAUGUUUUCUGUACAUUUUAAUAGAAAGUCUAUUUAUUCUCUGCAGAGAAAUGUUUCCUGCAAAUUCAUCAAAUUGUAGAUGAUGAUCAUGUGUUAUGAGGAACACGAUCAUCUACUAUGUGUUUGUUGUGUACAGUAUCGUGACUGUGGAUAAUGUAAAUCUACGUUGCCACGUUGGCAUCUUUGCUGCACAGAAGCUUAAGCAGCACAUCACAUGCAGCAUAAAAAAGCUUGUAUUUAUAUCGUACCUUAAAUCACAAAGGUUAGAACUCUCUGCCACAGCAGGGAGAAAAGCUCAGGAAUAAAAUAAAGGACGGAGAAAGUUUCGAAAUGAACCCAUGAGCCGUGGCUGUGGAGGAUGACGGCGCUUUAAGCAAAUACAGAGCGUUAUUCAAAUAUUGGCUGAUUAGUCUUGAGGGACGUGAUACGCAUCGGCCCAGCGUUUAAAGCACUCCCCUCAGGCGCUCAGCACAUCCUGCUGUCAAGGAUCCAGCGCCUGUGCGUGUGUGCGGGCGAGCGAGCGCUGAUGCUGGUAUGACCUCCAGUCGUUUCCUCUCUCAACAUGCUUGCAGCAGUGCAUCUCGCUGUCCUGGCGUCCCUGUUUGCAGUGACACUCUGUGCAGAAUCCACCACUUCUACUGCACAACCUCUGCUCACCUCAACUGCUGGAACAACGUCGACUGAUGGUCCAACCUCCACUGCUGGACCAACCUCCACUGCUGGACCAACCUCCACUGCUGGACACCAAACUAGCUCCACUAAAGUCAUUUCAUCCACAGAGAAAACCUCCACCAGCACACAACAGCAUGAAACCACGACAGCCCACAGUGCCGUGUCUCCAAACAGCACGUCAAAACCGACACCACCCUCGACUUCCCCACAAAGCCCCAACAGAACAGAGGGAGCUCAUACCAGCCACACUACCGGAACCACAGUGAACAACCAGACGUCCCAAAGAGUGACACACAUACCAGCAUCACAAACCACAAAUGGCUCUGGAGUCAUGAUAAAUACAAGCACUACAGCUCUUCCGCACCAGUGGGGAAAAGGUGACUUGGCAGCGAACCCUGGCUUGGUGGCCGUCAUCGUCAUCUUCUCCAUCACUCUCAUCCUUGCUCUGAUUGUCGCUGUAGUGAAAUGUAUCCAGUCACCAAGGUCCAACUUCGACCGUCUGGAAGACGUGCCGAUGGGCAACGUGAAUGAGAAAUCUCCAUUUGCCCAGUACUCGAAAUGACGCAGGAGACUUCACCAGAUACGGAAGUCCAGGAUCAUCAUGGUUGUACGAGCACAGGAAAGCAGUACCUCGAGCUUCAGACGCAACCCGCAAGAA